AUGGAGGAGGAGGAGGAGGCGGCGAGGAAGAGGAAGAUGGACCCGGAGCCCCAUGCAGGGAAGGAGCUGAGGAUGGAGACCAGGCAGGACAAAUCCCCACAGCAGAAGCUCGUGGAAGAGGCUGUUUUGAGCGGAUGCAUGGUGCAGGAAUGCAACAAGGAGGAAAAGCUCCAGAAGUCCCGCAUGAGGGGGAGCUGCAAACGCAGAUCACGGGGAUCUGAGGAGGAAAGACCCACCACGGGCCAUGGAGGUGGCCGGAGCUCGGAGCUGGGGCUCCAUGAGCAGCUCCAGGAUGGGGAGAAGCCCCACAAGUGCUCAAAAUGUGGGAAGAGCUUCAGGUGGAGCUCCGAAGUGAAGCGCCACAUGAGAAUCCACACAAGGGAACAGCCAUACAAGUGCAUGGAGUGUGGCAAGAGCUUCAGGACAAGCUCUGAAGUGAACAGACACUGUAGGAGUCACACAGGGCAACGGCCCUACCAGUGUGCCACGUGUGGGAAGAGCUUCUGCGACCGGGCCGACCUGAGCAAACACCUGAGGAGCCACGCGGGGGAACGGCCCUACAUGUGUGAGGAGUGUGGGAAGAGCUUCAUCCAGAGCUCCCACCUGGUUGUCCACAUGAGGAGCCACAAUGGGGAGAGGCCCUAUGAGUGCGGGGAGUGUGGGAAGAGCUUCAGCCACAGCUCCAGCCUGGUUGUCCACCUGAGAAGCCACAGCGGGGAGAGGCCCUAUGAGUGUGAGCAAUGCAGGAAGAGGUUUCUGAGCCAUUCCUAUCUCCUCCGCCACCAGCGCAUUCACACAGAUGAGAGCCUCUUCUGCUGCCCUGACUGUGGCAAGGGCUUCAAGCACAAGUCCAACCUCAUCCGGCAUCAUUGCAUCCACACCAGGGAGAGGCCCUAG